AUGAUCGUCAAGAACUCGCUCGGCUCACUUCCGCCGUUCCCCUCUGACGUGCCUACUGCUCCCAUCGCCAGUGUUACACUUUCCAAGAUCUUGAACGGCGAUGAAGCCGAGGCAGCGUCCGCUGUGGAGGCAUGCCGGACUCACGGAUUCUUCUACUUAGACCUUAGCUCGACGCCUCUCGGUGAGGAUCUCCUCGCAGAGUCCGAAGACCUUCUUCAGCUCUCGUACAAGGCCUUCGACCACCCUAGCGAGGAAAAGGACCCCUACGAGCUCAUCAAAGGCGUCUCCCUUUUCGGGUAUAAAAAGCCCGGCACAGUCAAAAAGACCGAUCCCAACCUUCGUCCAGACACGACCGAGUUCUUCAACGUGUCCAAGGACCACAUGCACGGGGUCGAGCCGACUCGGGACUAUCCUUCCGAGAUCACGGACAACAAGCCGCUCUUCCAGGCGUUCACCAAAAAUGCGCACCAGCUCGGCAUGAUCCUCCUGGGCACCCUCGCAAAGCAGUUGGGUCUGCCGCCUUCGGAAUUUACAGAGAAGAACAUCUUCACCAAGCCAAGUGGCGACCACUGCCGACUUACGCAUAAGUUUGCGCACGUGAGUGACAAGGACGCAAUCGGGCUGCCAUCGCAUACCGACUUUGGCAGUAUUACCAUUCUCUUUAACUGGCUGGGUGGGCUGCAGAUCCAGUCGCGGAAUCCGGAAACGCUGGGUCAGUGGGAGUACGUGAAGCCGAUGGAGGGUCAUGCCAUCAUCAAUCUUGGAGAUGCGAUGGUGACAUUCACCAAUGGGUUGCUGAAGUCGGCAAAGCACCGAGUCGUGCCGGCGCCGGGCGAGCAGGUCAACGUCGAUCGAUAUUCGAUUGUGUAUUUCGUUCGCCCCCACAACGAAGUUAUCAUGGAGCCGUGCGAGAAAUUCAAGGACCUGAAAGAUGACCUCAAGGUUGCGGGCAAGUUCGAGCCUGAGGGCGGCAAGAUCCUGACAGCAGGCGACUGGAUGGUGCAACGGGCGAAGCAGAUGGGUUCGUAG